AUGGUGGUCAUUGAUUGGCUUCAAACGUCGGAAUUCAUUCGUGCGAAUUCAGAACGAUUCAUCUUGUAUUCCUUAUGCGGUUGUUUUAUUGGUAUUGCCAUGAUUUUCUUAACAGUUAUUAUUGUUCUUUUCAUGGAACGACGCGAAUAUCAAACUGAAGAGGAUGAAGUACCUCGACAUACCUACCAAGUACCAAGACCUGAUGAUAUUUACAAUGAUAUUUUAGCCGCCGAACGUCCUUAUCCAUCUGUGUAUCAUUACAACGAAAGAAGUCAAAGUGAAAUUUAUCAUAUCUAA